AGAAAAUUCGAGCACAGGACGUCGUGACUCUAGAAGUUGUAGUAGAGACGGUGUUAUAUUAAAUUCUCCGUCGAGAUUACUCCUCUGUUACCGUCGCCGCCGCCGAUCUCUACAAAUCGAGAGAGGGAGAGGGACGGGGGAAGAAAAUUCCGUCAAUUUUGGAUAAGUGGAAUCGGGAGAGAGACAGAGAGAAAGAUGGCAAUGUCUCAGGUGGUGAACACGUACCCGCUUUCGAACUACAGCUUCGGAACGAAAGAACCCAAGCUGGAAAAGGACACCUCCGUCGCUGACCGACUCGCUCGUAUGAAAGUCAACUAUAUGAAAGAGGGCAUGAGAACUAGCGUUGAAGGGAUCCUGCUGGUACAAGAACACAACCAUCCUCAUAUACUUCUCCUGCAAAUUGGUAACACAUUCUGCAAACUUCCAGGUGGACGCCUGAAGCCUGGAGAAAAUGAAGUUGAAGGCUUGAAAAGAAAGUUGACCAGUAAGCUUGGAGGCAAUUCGGCUGCUCUUGUACCGGACUGGAAGGUAGGAGAAUGUGUUGCGACAUGGUGGCGUCCUAACUUUGAAACCAUGAUGUACCCGUAUUGCCCUCCUCACAUAACGAAACCAAAGGAAUGCAAGAGACUCUACGUUGUUCACUUGUCUGAGAAAGAGUACUUUGCUGUGCCCAAAAACUUGAAACUCUUGGCUGUCCCUUUGUUCGAACUCUAUGACAAUGUUCAGAGAUACGGACCAGUCAUAUCGACCAUUCCCCAACAGCUAUCCAGAUUCCAUUUCAACAUGAUUAGUUCGUGAUUCUACUCGGUGUUGAAGAACAAGAAACCUAUCCGAUGGUAAGUUAAGUAGGCUCGGUAGAGAGAUAUAUAGCUACCGGUUUAGAGAUGUGACUUUUGGAUGAUUCGUUUGGGUUUUUACAUUAUAGACUUGUUCGGUUUAUGAAGAACCGGUUCAUUCAAGUUUCAGCACAAGAGAUUUUUGAAAAGCACUAUUCGACUAACGGCUGCCUUGUCUAACCGUGAAACAUGUAUUUCACCUCAGUGUUGAAUGAUAUUUUUAUUUUGUUGCUAUGUAUGAAACAUAUACUAGGCUUGUUGGAUUAAGCAUCCUUCCUUUAUGUGUCAGUCUGUGAUUUACAAAUAUCGGAAAAAGACAAAUAUGGUGUAAGUUCUUAUGAUACCCUUGCCACAAGGCUUAAUGGUCGAAAUAGGUGAAGUUUUUUGUAGAUGAACAAUCCUAAGUAUAU